AUGGAGACAGCGACACAUAUUAACGACCUUCCCGACGACGUCCUCGCUAGGAUUCUAUGGCAUUGCGAAGAGUCAACACCUCCUAAAUUCGACAGUGACGCGUUAUGGUCUCGGCAUUCAUUGUCGGAGAAGCCAUUGUACCUUCACUCGGUCGUUUUAGAUGAAGAUUUCAGCCCCGACGAAGAGUCGUAUCCAGUAUCGUCCCCCUCCGCCGGUCCAAGCGCUGCCAAGAUCUUCCUUGUGUCGUCUGUGUGCCGUCGCUGGCGCGAUGUAGCUCACCGUGACGUCUCCACGCUGCUCGUCGAACGAAAGCAUGCCAUUGCCCUCCAAAAACUCUCAGAUGCCGUCGCGUGCUUCCCUAAUCUCAACCAUCUCCAUCUGUGCGAUUACAGCGUGGAAACCCUAGACGACACCUUCCUCAAUCACCUCGCGUCAGCGUGUCCUAAGCUCAAGAUUCUUCACGUGGGACGCGAAAUCGCUCACCAUCCGGACUAUGUUGGACCGAAGCAUAAGCGCCCCAUCACCGAAGCUGGCCUGGAUCGCUUCUUCCAGCGAUGCACUCAGCUGGAGCAGCUUUCACUGCGCUGCCUCCAUCGGGACGUCCACCUACCCGCUUCCUUCUUCCACCUCACGCGUCUACACACCCUGGCUUUAACAGCCGCCUCCGCCUUAGAAGCUCCAGAUCUGGACAGCCUCGCUUCUCUCACCACUCUCCAUAUCGCCUCCCCGGAGUUGAACGAGGAGCAGCUGGCCAACGUGCGUCGUCUUCCCAACAUCACCAGCCUUUCACUCUCUGCCGGGACCUCGUUUUCUCCUCAUGGCUCGGCUGCCUUAGCCAUCGCACAGCUGCCGCUGAUCAAAUCGUUGGACACUCGCCACGUGUUGCUGUCGGAUUGGCCAGUGACAAGUCUUGAACGGCUGCAGAUAUCAUAUUGCGACGAAUUGAAGCGGUUUCCGGACAGCAUUGCGGAGUUGCUGCCGCGUCUGCGUGAGCUGACCGUUUCCAGGUGCGAGGCCUUUGAGGAGCUGCCCGAGGGUUUCUGUUCCCUGGAGCACCUCGAGACCUUGUCAGUCAUCGAAUGCGACUUCGAAUUUCGCAGCCUGCCUGAAAACAUCGGGAGAUUGACUGCCCUGAAAACUUUGGUUCUGGAUCAUCUGCCGCUGGCGAGCCUGCCUGCCUCCGUUUGCCAGCUCAGCUCCCUGGAGACCUUCUUCCUGCUCUCGUGCGACUCAAUCCGCGAGCUGCCAGCAGGUUUUUGCUGCCUCACAGCUCUCACGACUCUCUGCCUCGGGCGAGUGGCGCUUCCAGCGGACAUAGGCCGCCUGAGUAACCUUCACACCCUGCUUGUGAGAGAUAGCCUCGAGCAUUGGCAUCUGCCGCCCUCGUUAUCCGAGAUCACGUCGCUAACAAGGCUUGAGCUGGACGAGUGCGGCGUGGAGGAGCUGCCAGAGGGCGUGGUGGGAGCGCUCUGCAACCUGCGCCAGCUGCACGUCUCAUACUGCCCUCCGCUCACGGCCCUUCCAGCAUCUGUGACGUGCCUGACUGCCCUUGAAGCUCUCUCACUCGCUUACUGCCAUAAUCUGGCCUCGGCGCCCGCGAGGCUGGACGGCUUGACACGGCUCAAGUGGCUGGAGGUGGCCCAAUGUGACAAGCUCACAAGGCCUCCUCUAGUCUUGCCGCCUUCCAUUGAAUGGCUGAGUUGGGGAGGUCGCAGUUUGGCCGGCGAUGCGGAGGAGCUUCCAUUCGCCUUGACGUUUCUCUCCCGCCUGCGCACCCUGAUUGUUAAGAGCGCAAGGCUUGUCCGGUUGCCGGCCGAUAUCGGGUCAGCAGUGCCGCAGCUGCGGGAGCUGAGCCUGAUAAGUGCGGGUGAGUUGAGGGAGCUGCCAGCGAGUGUGACUGUGCUGCAGAACCUGACGUUCUUGGGGGUUUAUGCUGCGGCCAAACUGGCUUUUCUUCCGGAUGACAUCGGUGCCUUAUCCCGGUUGCGCGAGCUGCACCUCAUUCGCUAUCCCUCUGUUUCUCAGGCUAUGCACAGCUGGAGGCAUUGUCAGGGGGGUUUGUGUGAGGUGAAGGCACUGCGGAUGUUGGAUGUGGAGGAGUGCGGGCAUGUGAAGGACAGUGAUGGGUCUGUGCUCCCCAGAAGCAUCAAUGAGGUGUAUGGGCUGAAAAUAUCCACUUAG